AUGAUAUCGAGAGAAGCGAGAAAUGUAUUUCGAAAAUACUUAAGAAGACUUUACAAAGAGACUCCUUCCAUUGAAAUUAUUAACGAAUUAGUCGUUGAGAAGAUAUUAUCAAGCUGUGAUGCUAAGCGUUUGCGUAAAAUUGAUGAAGAAUCAGAAAGAAAUUUUGAACUAAUAGAUAUAUUGCAAAAGAGAAGAGAUGAAGACAUUGUCCAGUUUUGUAAGAUAUUACAGGAUUGUGAUGUACAAACCGUUCAGGAACUCGGUAAAGAACUAGAGACGAAGCUAAUGAAAGUUAUAAAAACUGUAGAUUCGAACAGUGGAGAAGCCUCAUCAAGUGUUAAUGAGGAUCGAAUUGGUGCUGAUGCAGUUAUUUCCUCUCGCAUCGUUCAACAAACCAAUCCUAUAGAUAGUAGUAAAAAUGGCAACAAUUCAGAGCCAUUUGACAAAUACUUUCGCGUUAUUGCGGGAGAACUUCGUUACGAUCUUGCAUUUCGUUUGGGAAAUACUUUAAGAUUGAAAACAAAUGAGAUUGAGGAGAUUAAAGGAACAAAUUCUGCACGAUAUGACAAAAUGUACAAAAUUUUGGAAUUUUGGAAAAAUGAACGCGGCACAAACGCAGAUAUUGCUGAAGUAAUUACAGCGUUACGCUCCAUGAAUCAAAAUUUGAUAGCCGAUAAAAUUCAAAAAAUUUAG